AUGAUAUAAUAAUUUUAGGUUUAAGGAGCUAAAGACAAGUAUAUAAUCUAUAAUAAAGUUUUGGGAAAGGGUGCUUAUGGGGUUGUUUUGUUGGCAAAAUCUUUAAAUUUAGGUAGUUACCAUGCAGCUAAGAUUGUAUAUAUUUUGACAAUUUUUUAAGAUUAGUAAAAAGUCUCUAUCCUUGAGUGAUAUUAGCAAUUUAAGAAAUGAAAUUAAUAUAUAAUCCCAGUUAAAUCAUCCAAAUAUUGUAUCAAUGGUUGAAGCUUUUGAAGACAAUGAAUAUUUAUAUAUGUUGUUAGAAUAUUGUAAUGGAGGAUGCCUAUUUUAAAAAACACAAUUAAAUGGACCUUUAAGAGAAGAGAAAGCUUUGUAUUAUUUCGUAUAAAUAGUCAAGGCAGUUCAAUAUUUGCAUACAAAAAGUGUUUUACAUAGAGACAUUAAAGUAAAAAUAUAAAUUAAAAGAGUAGUUGUCAAAUUUGCUUUUAACAUCUGACGAUUAAAUAAAAGUAGCUGAUUUCACUUGGAGUACAUCUCUUUAAGGAGGAUAUGUUAAUCCUUAAAUUUGUGGAACCCUUGAAUACAUGCCUCCAGAAGUCAUUAGCAAUAAAGUUUAAAAUGAGAAAUUAGAUGUGUGGAGUUUAGGGAUAGUAUUAUAUGUAUUUAUAAUUGUUAUAUAAUCUUUUAGGAAAUACUUCAUAAUAGUUUUCCUAUAGUUGGAUCAUUGUUUUUUAAAUUUGGAAUCAGCGAGGAAUGUAAAUAAUUGUUGAAAUAAAUGCUUGAAAAUGAUCCAAAUCGAAGACCUACUACAUCAGAGAUUCUUUAUAGUCCUUGUAUUAGAAGAUUUAAUAGACAUAAGGAUCUGUCAAUUAAUAUCAUAGCAUGUUCUAAAAAUCUGUAGGAUAUAUAAGGAAUUAAUCAAAAAUCUCCUUAAAUGGCUUCACCAUUAGGAUCUCCAUUAAGAACAGGAUUUGGAACACCUUAAAUGAACGAUUUAGGAUCUCCUUUAAGGAAUAGGUAAGGUUCUUCGAUUGGGUCUCCAUUUAAUCUUGGUCUUGGAUCCCCAUUAGGAUCUCCACUUGGAUCACCAAUGAAUUCACCUCUUGCAAAUUUUAAUAAACGAAUUUCUACUGAUCCAAUAAGACUUAGUGCUUAAAAAUUAGUAUGACAGAUUG